UAAUCCUUCUAUUAUCCUCCCUCUCGUCUUCUUCUUCGUCUCUUUUUUUUAAUUAAUAUACAUCCAUCUCUCGAAAUUCCUCUCUCUCUUCUUCGUCUGCAUCAAACCAGCAACUUUACUUCUGUGUUUUUGUUUCUCUCUCUCUCUCUCUCUAUUUUCCGACGAUAAUUUGAAGGAGUUCUUUGAAAGGCAGCUGCUUCUAUGCCAUAUUGCAGAGAAAAUGGGCGAGUCUAAGGGGUGCGGGAAUGUUGGACGAAUGAUUCCAAAGAAUAAGUCUGCUAAUUCUUAUAACGUCUCUCUUCGGUUGUCGCCUGUUGUUUCUUUUUGGGAUUGUAUUGUCCGCACCAUGAGGUAUUCCUAUAUACCAGAGUGGGUGUAGUUCUUGAGUUACUCUACGACAUCAUCGACUUUAGUGCAGUUAUUUUAGUUAGAAUUAUAGUCAAGCAAUAAUGGAUCACACGGUGUGCAAGCAAGUUCAGCCAGUCGUUAGGAAAGCAAGGAAGAAACAUGGUAAAGAUGAAUUUGAUCGUAUCAAACAAGCUGAGAAGAAAAAGAGACGUUUGGAGAAAGCUCUUGCUACUUCUGCAGCCAUCCGGGCUGAGCUUGAAAAGAAGAAGCAGAAGAGAUUGGAAGAACAACAGAGGUUAGAUGAAGAAGGAGCUGCAAUUGCAGAAGCUGUCGCUCUGCACGUCCUACUGGGCGAAGAUUCUGAUGAUUCAUCUCGGGCCAUACUUGGUGAAGAAAAGGGUUUCACAAUUGAUCUGUUUAGAGAUGAAAGAACCAACUAUGUUCCUCGCCAGAGUUGUGCUAGCUAUGCGGUUCAAGGGAUUGGGUUUGUGUCAAAUGGUUAUGGACUAGGAGAUAGUAACUGGUCGCCAUUCACGAGAAAUGCUUGGGAUAACAACAUGGGAAUAUCAGCUGAUUUGAUUGCUGCUCAGGCUGUCUCGGCGCUACAGAUAUCUGAAAAUGCUGACGGGAACGCCUUUGUGUUCAAUGGGAUGUUCCGGGGAUGACAAAAUGCCACGACUUGUCCUCAUUUGGUUUCUAAAAUAAACAUUUGACUUCGGCUGCUUUGGUGUGAAUGCUCUGUUGUUUUUCUCUUGACGUUAGACCUUAUACUCUGUUUUCGUUUUCUGUAAUAUUACAGACGCAUUUUGAGUUGUAUCUAUCAUACAUGUUGAAGUCUUUUCAUAUUUGCAUU